AUGCGAGUUGAAGUCUUUAUCCCUGUCGUCGCCUUCAUGGCUGCUCAAGGUGCUAUUGCUGCUCCUGUUUCCCAAGACCAAGCCAACCUUGACAAAAGAUGGUGUCUUUUCGGCAUCAUUGGUACAUCAUGCGGGGGCUCCACUGCUGUGACCUCUUCUGCUGUCGCUUCCUCUGCUGCCAAGACGUCUACAUCAGCUGUCGUUGCCUCCUCGGCCAAGUCAUCAGCUGUGUCCUCAGCCUCCGCUGCCAAGGUUACUUCAUCUUCUGCUGUUUCUGUCAAGGCAGCCACCACCACUGUCACCACUGCCGCCGCUACCAGUACUGCUGCUUGGUCCACUUGCAAAGACUUUGACUGGUCUGCAUGGGGUACUGGCUGGUCUUGGGGUGGUUACAACAUUGACUACGUCAAGGCAUGGUACGUCGACACCUACGGUCUCAAACCCCCUCCAAACAUGUCAUGGAACCAAGUAUCUUCCUUGGUCAGCAAGUUCGGUCAAAAGACAACUGCUUCUGGCGCCAAAGCUACCUCUGUUUACAAGCACGGAGGUGGCUGCGGUAACCCAUGGACUUCCGUAUCACCUGCUACCAGCACUGGCAAGAUAUCUACUACCGCUGCCGCUGCAUCAUCAACUUCCAAAGCUGCGAGCUCCAUCAGCUCCGCAGCUGCUGCCAGCAAGUCCUCAGCAGUUGUAAGCGCAUCAGCCGCCUCCAGCGCUUCCGCUAGCAAGUCAUCCGCUGCCGCUUCCUCAUCCGCCGCUGCUUCUUCCGCCAGCGCCAGCGCCAGCAAAGCCGCUGUGUCCAGUGCUCCUGUCGUCGCCUCAUCUGCUGCUGCUCCCGUCGUUUCCAGCGCCGCCGCCCCCUCAUCCGCCGCUGCCUCAUCUGCUGUUGCUUCUUCCGCCGCUGCCUCAUCUGCUGCUGCUUCACCUGUGGCUGCCAGCUCAGCCGCCGCUAGUCCCGUGGCACCUUCUGUUGCCGCCAGCUCUGCGGCAUCAUCUGUUGCUGCCGCCGCUACCGGUGUAUCUGGUACAAGCACUGGUUCCAACGACGGUUCAGGUAGUGCUGCUUCGGCCAGUGCAUCUUCCUCCGCUGCUCCUGCUGCUACCAGCGCCGCAGUCGCUAUCAACGGUUUCUCUGCCGGUGGAUGCGUUCAAGAAGUUUCCGGUCGACUUCUCUCAAAAGUUCAAACCUCUUCUUCUGAUAUGACCAUCGAAAAAUGUACCGCUCUUUGUGGAAGUUACGGUUACGGUGUCGCUGGUGUUGAAUACGGUAACGAGUGCUACUGUGGUGUGCAAGAUGAUGUUGAUGAUGCUGCUGUCUCUGGUCAAUGUUACAUGCCUUGUGCCGGCGACUCUACCGAGACCUGCGGUGGACCUAACGCUCUUAACAUCUACAUCAACCCCGACCUUCAACCCGCCACCACUGUCCUUCCUUCUGGUUGGUCAACAUACGGUGUCGUGUCCGAAGGUACCAACGGAAGAGCUCUUACCUACACUCUCUGGAGCGACCCCUCCAACACCAUUGAGUCUUGUGCCACAGGAUGUGCCGCUCUUGGUUACACCAUCGCCGGUACUGAAUACUCUUCCGAGUGUUACUGCGGUAACUCAUUCUCAAACGGUGGUGGUGCCCUCCUCGAUGAUUCUUCCGCCUUCAUGGCUUGUUCCGGCGAUCUCGCUGAGAUGUGUGGUGGACCAUCCAUCUUGAGCGUUGUCACUUCCAUCACUGGUACUAUCCCAUCAAGCUAG